GUACUCGAGUACCUAUUGCGUAUACGCAUGUUUAUUCGCAACUUGAAAAUUUGAAAAAUUAAUUGCAAUUUCGAUUUAUUAUAUUUUUGUGCAUGCUUACGCGUGUAUAAUUCACCUCGACUCAUCAUACCAUGAAUGUUAUAUCUACGAUGUUUGACCAGUUACUCAUAAAUUUCAUCAGCCCAAUAGUCAGAAUGGUCCAUGUGCUGGAACAUACCUAUUCAGGGAUCACGGUCUUUUGCUUCUGCUCCCUCGACAUCUGGCAAGUUACAGCAAUAAAGAAACAAUGGGCGAGCUGACCUGGGAAGAAAAGUAUAAACUCAUUACCAGAAACCUGGGAGAGUGGCUUGGCGAUGAAAAACUCAAAACAAUCCUGAAGCAGCGAGAUUUAAAGGUUUACUGGGGUACUGCUACCACAGGGAAACCUCACAUUGGCUACUUCACUCCUAUGUCAAAAAUCGCCGACUUCCUGAGAGCUGGUGUAGAAGUCACAAUUCUCUUUGCAGAUCUUCAUGCUUAUCUUGAUAAUAUGAAGGCUCCUUGGGAGUUAUUAGAACUGAGAACACAGUAUUAUGAAGCUGUAAUUAAAGCAAUGUUAAGAUCCAUUGAUGUUCCUCUGGAGAAGUUGAAGUUUAUCAAAGGAUCAGAUUAUCAAUUGUCCAAAGAAUAUACUUUGGACAUGUACAGAUUAAGCUCUGUUGUAACAGAACACGAUGCUAAAAAAGCUGGAGCUGAAGUGGUGAAGCAAGUAGCGAAUCCGCUGUUAUCUGGAUUGUUGUACCCUGGCCUGCAAGCAUUAGACGAAGAAUAUUUGAAGGUUGAUGCUCAAUUCGGAGGAGUCGAUCAAAGAAAAAUUUUUACCUUUGCUGAAAAGUAUUUGCCAGCUUUGGGAUAUGAAAAGAGGAUUCAUUUGAUGAAUCCCAUGAUCCCAGGAUUGGCUGGAGCUAAAAUGUCUUCUUCUGAAGAAGACUCAAAGAUUGAUCUUUUGGACAAUGCUGCUUCGGUUAAGAAGAAGCUAAAGAAAGCUUUUUGUGAACCAGGAAACAUUACAGACAAUGGACUAUUGUCAUUCUCCAAAUCGGUUCUUUUCCCACUAAUGAAAGAAGGAGAGAAAUACCUGGUACCUAGGGCAGCUGAGUUUGGUGGUGAUGCUAUUUUUGAAAACUAUGAAGAACUUGAAGCUGCAUUUGCCAAACAAGAAAUUCAUCCUGGAGAUUUGAAGAAUGCUGUUGAAAUAUAUGUCAAUAAGUUACUGGAACCAAUAAGGAAGGAGUUUACAAAUGAUGCAAAAUUGAAAUCUUUGAGUGUAAAGGCUUACCCUCCUCCACAAAAACAAAAACCUGUGGCUGAUGAAGUUGUUCCAUCAAGAUUGGACAUUAGAGUAGGAAAGAUAGUUGAUGUGCAAAGACAUCCAGAUGCUGAUAGUUUGUACAUAGAAAAAAUUGAUUUGGCAGAGCCAUCCGGACCACGAACCAUAGUUAGUGGACUGGUCAAUUUUGUACCAAUAGAAGAGAUGAAAGACAGAAUGGUUGUAGUUUUAGCAAAUCUGAAGGCUGCUAAUCUUAGAGGUGUGGCAUCACACGGCAUGGUUUUAUGUGCUUCUGUCGAUGAACCGACGAGAGCAGUUGAACCAAUAAGGCCUCCAGCAAGUAGCAAGCCUGGUGACAGAGUCAUUGUUGAAGGAUAUGAAAGUGGGACUCCAGAUGAAGUUUUAAAUCCAAAGAAAAAAGUCUGGGACAAAUUAGCGGUGGAUCUCGUAAUUAACGGCAGCGGAAUAGCGUGUUGGGGUGGUAAUCCACUCUUGACACCAUCUAACGAAAAUCUCACAGCAGAUACUCUAAGGAAUGUUCCGAUCAAAUAAUUUACUUUAAAAAAACCAUUUUCAUCUUUAUAUUUUUAAAUUUUAAUUAUUUGUCAUGGUCAGCUUUAAAUAAAACUUUUUUUACAUUUA